AUGUACAGUCAAGUUCUUUUGAAGAAACACAAACAGGCAACAUUGAGGACCAUAGAUGAAGUGGUCGGCCAAGGAAACUUAAUCCAACAGAUACAAGACACAUCAUGUUUACUUUCCUUCAACAUUAGAAGAUGUAGAUCUUCACCUCUCAAACGUUGCCUACCCCUGCUUUACACUGUAUUGCUUGGGAAAAGUGAUUGCCGCCCCUCAAUUGCUACGGCUAGCCACUUGCAGGAGGCCCAGACGGCGAGGGGGAGAAGGCAAGAGGAAGACCGCAGCAGAGUUACGCCUGGCAGGAAAGUGCCGGCAAAAUCCGCUAACGGGUCCAGGGCCCGCAGGGAGAGCGAAUCCGGCCCUGGGCCUUCGGCCGCCGGGACCGAGCUGCCCGGGGGGUCAUCAUCGGGGGAAGAGGGGUUGUGCGAGGACCAGUCGGAUGGGGAGCUGUCCGGUUCGGAGGAGGAGGUCGUGCCCAGGACGGUGCCUACAGCGAGGGAUUCCAGACGAUCGGCUGAUGGGAUUGCUUCCACGCAGCCCGGUACUGGACCUUUGUUGGUCUGGAUUUUGGGCCACUCUUACGUGGUUCGGGGGGAAAAACGGGCGGAGGCGCGCCCGACCGGUCGGCAACUGGGGAUUUCGAGACAGGAGGCGAGGGUACGGUGGUUGGGGGUCCCCGGGAUGUUAUGGAGCAGAGUUGUGCCGGAGGUACACAAAUGGGCACGUUUGGACAGACCUCCGGAUGUGCUAGUGAUUCAUGCUGGGGGCAAUGAUCUUGGGGUGAGAUCUAUGCUGGAGAUAGCGCGGGAUAUUAAAUUCGAUUUUCAGCGGCUCCGGUUGUCUUUCCCGGAGACGGUAGUGGUGUGGUCGGACAUGGUGGCUAGGACAUCGUGGAGGAUGGCGAGGUCGGUAGACGCGGUGAAUCGUGCUCGCAGGAAGCUCAACAGGAAUGUGGGGCGUUUUGUGCUAAGGAACGGGGGGCUGGUGGUUCGGCACCCGGAAUUGGAGGUUGACCCUUGGCGUUACCUCAGGAGUGAUGGUGUUCACCUCACGGACGUGGGGAUUGACAUGUGGGCUUUGCGCCUAGAGGAGGGGGUACAACAAGCAAUGAGGGUGUGGAGGUGCGCCCGAAGGUAAGGUGUUACCUUCGGGUGCUGGUGGCGGGUGUUUUUCGGACUUUGCAGGAGAAGAUAUUACCCCAAAGAUGGACACCAGUACCCAGUGGU